AGAGCUCGGCGGCCCCCCUCUCCCUCUGGGCUGGCCGCGCGCGCUUUUCCCGGCCGCCGCUCCCGCGCGCGGCGCCGCCGCCGCCUUCGAGUCGCAGGCACUCGGACUUCCCGCGGGCACGCGGGCACGGCGGGCGGCACGCGUCUGCGCCAUGAUACAGGCGAACCCGUCGAAGCUGAAGAAGAGCCACAUCGUCUGCACCAUGCGCCCCCUCCGGCUCUGCAUCGAGGAGAACAACGGCGACAUCUCCAAGUGCCGGCCAGAAGUGGAAGAGUUCGAGAGGAUCUGUCGGGCACGGGGACAUCCAUACCAGCAGAGGCUUUGCGAUGAGUGAGUUUUAGGCACGUCAUGCGCAAAGAGAACAAUGCCGCUGCCUUGAACAUCCGCCGUUGCCCUUGAAAGUGUAUGAUCUUAGAGCCAGUUCCGCCGCAUGAGUACGACUUAUUCGGCUGAUCACUUGAUGCAUUCACUACGCUUAAAGUUGCUGCUCUUUGUGCGACCACAGUGAUGGACUUUGCUGCGGCCAUGCGUAGGGCAGUUUGGGGCUGCCUUGCGCUCUGUUGGGACGGUCUGGCCGUGGG